AUGGCGGACGCGCCCAAACCAAAAGAAAAGUCCAAGAUCUCCUCAGCCCGACGAUUGGGGUUGAAGAUCAGAUUGCUGACAGUAGCUGGCCAGAUGCUAGAGGUUGAGACGGAGGAGAAGAAGAGAGAAAGAGAAGAAACUCUGGCUGAGAGAGUCCCUCCUCUCAAGCUUUCUGGCUUGUCUGUGGAUGAGCUCAUGGAUUUGUGCAAAGAUCUGCACCGUAAGAUCGACGUGGUAGAUGAGGAGCGAUACGACGUGGGACUGAAAGUAACCAAAACGGACAAGGAGUGCCAUGAGUUGGGUCUGAAGAUCAUUGAGCUGCAGAGCAAGUUCAAGAAGCCAAGCCUGAAGAAGGUGAAGAUCUCAGCUGAGAUGAUGCUCAGUGUUCUGCUGGGCUCCAAGCACAAAGAGACAAUCGACUUCAAGUCCAACCUCAAGACAGUCAAGAAAGCAGAGGAGAAGAAAGAGGAGGUCACCGACUGGCGUCAAAAUGUGGAUGCCAUGUCAGGCAUGGAGGGCAGAAAGAAGAUGUUUGAUGCUUGA